CCCCCCCCCCCAACAAAAAAAAACCACCACGUCCAUUCCUGCCAUCACAAACUCAAACAACUGUUUCUUGCUGCUGUUGUUGUUACUGUAAUUGUAACGGAAAUGGAGCUCAAGGUGAUCGACCUGAAGGCCUAUCUGGCGGUGAUGGACAAACUGGAUGGAGAGCCAUCAAAGAUAACGGAGGAAUUGGGACCUGAACUGACUAGGUCGUGUAAGGAAGUGGCUAGGUAUUUGAGAGAAGCUGGGGCUGUGGUGGUGAGGGACCCAAGGUGUUCAGAAGAGGAGAAUGAAAAGUUCAUUGAGAUGAUGGAGAGGUACUAUGAGAGUCCUGUGGAGUACAAGCGGCCCCAGGAGCGACCUGACUUUCAUUAUCAGGUUGGGAUAACCCCAGAGAAAGUAGAAAUUCCAAGGCUCAUGGUUGAUGAAGAAAUGCAAGAGAAAGUAAAAGCAUUGCCCAAAGAAUCUCAACCAGCCACUCUUGUAGGCUCAGAUCUCAAGUGGCGUUACAUGUGGAGCGUGGGUCCUCGUCCUGCAAAUACCCGAUUUAAGGAACUCAACGGAGCGCCUGUCAUACCUGAAAAUUUUCCUGGAUGGACUGAAACCAUGAAUUCAUGGGGAUAUAAAAUGAUAGCUGCCACAGAAGUUGUAGCUGAAAUGGCUGCAAUUGGUUUUGGCUUGCCAAAGGAUGCAUUCACAUCUCUUAUGAAGCAGGCACCGCAUCUUCUUGGUCCAACAGGAAGUGACCUCAAAAGCUAUGGCCAGGAAGGAACUGUGCUUGCGGGAUAUCACUAUGACGUUAAUUUUCUUACCAUUCAUGGAAGAAGUAAAUUCCCAGCUCUAAAUAUUUGGGUCAAAAAUGGGAAAAAAGUUGAGGGGUCAGUUCCUGAAGGAUGUCUUCUCGUUCAAACAGGAAAGCAGAUGGAAUAUUUGACUGGUGGAGAUUGCAUGGCUGGAAUGCAUGAAGUAGUUGUCACUGAGAAAACUACUGAAGCAAUUAAACAAGCAUUGGAGCAAAAUCGAAGCCUAUGGAGAGUAUCCUCAACUUUGUUUGCCCACAUAGCAUCAGAUGCAGUGUUGAAGCCCUUGAGCCACUUUGCAGAAUCACCACUUGCCAGCAACUAUCCACCUAUGUAUGCAGGAGAGGUUAUCAAACAGGAGCUUGCAGCUAUGAAUCUAAAAGGCUGAAAGAUUGUAGCAAUUGGUUUAGUAGAUGCACACUGCAUCCUAAGGUUUUCUACAUGAUAUUAGUUACAAUAAAGAAGGCUGAGAAGCUGUAGAUUUUCUACUUCAGUAUUUUUCUUCUUCUUCUUCUUCUUCUUCUUCUUCUUCUAUGUAUGGAUUUGGCCGUGGCAUAUAUGCCAUUGGAUCUUUGUACUAUUUGCUGGUAAUAAAUUAGAGGGUAAAUUAUAACUUACCCCUUUGUCCU